AUGGCAACACAACAAUGCAAGCGGCUGAUGACCCCCGCGAAAGGACAAGGGGAGUCAGGCCCGGGGUCGGGUGACAAGAACUCAGCGCAGGUCGGCACACCAUCCGCAGCGGCCCAGAUGGAAAGUCCCAGUGCCAAUCAGGCCCCGAACAGGGCUCCUACUGUCGCAGCGGUCCAAGGUCCAGAUAUGGGAAUGAAGAUAGACCCAGCAACCGGCGAUCUACUGGGUGGCAACCCGCCAAGCAAGAACUUGGACUUGCCCAUCACGAUUGUGUUCCUAAUGCUCUUUCUCCUGGGGGCAUUCACGCACAUAUCUAUCUACAGGGCCAAUGCGAAACGAGGGCACAAGUUCUUGCUGUCCGACCUAAUGUUUGACUUUUGUAUGAUUCGAUCAGUCACAUGUAUUUUCCGGAUCGCAUGGGUUUUCAGUCAGCUCCGGGGUGUGAUAUUGGCGGCUCAGAUUUUCUUCAACGGAGGAGCCGCCGUUAUAUUUAUAGUCAACAUAUUUUUCGCCCAGCGCAUUGUUCGCUCGAUGCAUCCCGUCGUCGGCUGGUCGAAACCCUUCAGCCUGGGCACAACAAUCCUUGCAAUUUCCGUUCCACCAGUCAUCAUACUGCAGAUCGUAUCGAUCAGCGUGUUCUUUCUUUCCACGGACAACCCGGAUCGCGCCGACACUGCCGUAGCCCUCUUGAAAUCUGGCUCUUCAUGGAACAUCUGGCUUGUCACGUUCCCCUUCCUGACAAUCUUCAUAUCAUGUGCAAUUCCAGGACCAAAGCCAGAGAAAUUCGGAAGCGGAAGCCUCCGGGUCAAGACAUCGCUGGCCAUGCUUGGCGCUGCGCUGUUAGCCACAGGCGCUACGGUGCGGACGUAUGGCACCUUCAACCCGCGUCCCAAAGACAGUGGCGACGUGCUGUACAGCAAGACCAUCUUCUACAUCACUCAGUUCUCAUUUGAGAUCAUUGUCGUCGCAUUGUACGCAUUCGCACGAAUAGAUCUUCUCUUCCACGUCCCCAACGGAUCAUCACAACCCGGUGACUACUCAGCCAACAAGUCCGGCGACACGGAGAAGGCUGUGGUGCUGUCCCGCGGCGAGAUCCGAGACAAGAUUGAGGGGACCGGUUUGCACCACCAGAUCCUCAAGCCUUCGUAUACCUCAUCGUUUAUGCAGACGGGUACGGAGCCCGUCUUCGCUGUCUUCUAUCCAUCUGCCCCGGAUGCUGCAUCGCUGGUGGGGGUGGCGGAGGAUAUGGUGAGCGAGGGCAAAUUGCCGCCGCGGCCGGCGGAUAGGGUCAGUCGACGGCAGUCUGUGGCGGCGGCGUUCCGGUCCUCGUCGAGUAUAUCCAGGCGACCGCUUCAGGGCUCCUUUGGACUACCGGCUCAGCCUCGACCGCCAAGGCCCCCCAGAUCGACAUAUUCGAUGUACCGUACAUCCCCCGACGGACCAAGCGAUGACCAAGAGGGUGUGCAGAAAAGCUGA